UCAAAUUUGAAUCAUACCUUCGCUUCUCUCUUAGUUUAGCACGUAUACGUACUUUUAUAUCUCCUAGUUUUUUAGCUAUUUUUCUACUUUUUUAGUCUAAUUUUCAAUUCAAAAUGCUUGGUUCAGAUAACUACACCCUCAAAAACAACGACUUGAACAAAUUAGAAGAUGGUUUGAAGAAAAUCUCGAUCGACAAAUCGAGUUCUGUUAUUCCAACUACCACCGAAGAUGAGGAGAACACGAACUUCAAGGUAUCUGUAAGAACACCACCAAAGACCAAGAAAAAGCCAACCUUUAACACUGAAGAUGAGCCCCUAUUAAGAGAGAACCCACAUAGAUUUGUGAUUCUUCCAAUUAAAUACCCUGAUAUCUGGAAUAUGUACAAGAAGGCAGAAGCUUCAAUCUGGACAGCAGAGGAGGUGGACUUGGCUGGCGAUCAGAGAGAUUGGGCUAAGCUCACUGAUGAUGAGCGUCACUUCAUAUCCCAUGUGCUUGCAUUCUUCGCAGCCAGCGAUGGCAUUGUAAAUGAAAAUCUGGUGGAAUGUUUCAGUCAAGAAGUGCAGAUCCCUGAAGCCAGGUGCUUUUAUGGAUUCCAAAUCGCUAUUGAGAACAUUCAUUCUGAGAUGUACAGUCUCCUGAUUGAGGCCCUCAUCAAGGAAACAGAUGAAAAGAUGCGUCUAUUCAAUGCCAUUCAAACAAUGCCAUGCAUCAUGAAGAAGGCUCAAUGGGCUCUUGACUGGAUCAACCCCGAAAGAGCAAACUUUGGUGAGAGGAUUAUUGCUUUUGCUGCUGUGGAAGGGAUCUUCUUUUCUGGUUCUUUUGCUGCAAUCUUUUGGCUAAAGAAAAGGGGACUUAUGCCUGGACUUACUUUCUCAAAUGAACUUAUUAGUAGAGAUGAGGGUCUGCAUUGUGACUUUGCCUGUCUAAUGUUCAAGCAUCUAGUCAACAAACCAUCAGAAGAAACCAUCAAAAUGAUUAUCAAAGAUGCUGUAGUAAUUGAGCAAGAGUUCCUGACAUCUGCACUUCCAGUCAGACUGAUAGGAAUGAACUGUGAACUAAUGAGGCAGUACAUAGAGUUUGUAGCUGACAGGCUCUUAGUAGCAUUACAAUGUAGCAAGGUAUACAAUGUUGAAAAUCCAUUUGACUUCAUGGAAAACAUCUCCUUAGAAGGCAAAACAAACUUCUUCGAGAAGAGAGUAGGAGAAUAUCAGAGGAGUGGAGUGAUGAACCAAGACAAAGAAGCUAAUGUUUUUACUUUAAAUGCAGAUUUCUAAAGAUAUUUUUUCAAUACCUUAAUUGAAAUCAAGUUAUUUGACUAAUUCAGAUUAGAAAUCUUUUGGCUACAUUAAACUGGAUUUAUUUAGCCAGCUAAUCCAAUUGGCAAUUAGUCAUUUUCUGUGAUGCUCAAGAUUUUAGUGUAAACUAUUGUACAUAUUGCAACACAAGAUUAGAUUUAAGCACUUUUAUACAUAUUAAAGAAUUUAUAAAGGCUUAAGACUAGGUAUUUUGAUUUUUCUUUAUUCUUUAGAAGUAUUUUUUUAAGUGAAAAGAAGUGAUUUUUCUAAUAAAUCUAUAGUUAUUUUCAUUGUUACUUAAGCUUGUGAAUGUAAUUUGUACAUGCAUCAAAUAUUUAUUUUUCUAUGCAC